UGGGGGGGCCAGGGACCCCCUAAGCCGCAACCCCAUGUACCUGGGAUCCGUGGGCCUAGUGGACACUGGAGUUGGCCGGGGCUUGGGCCGCCAGGCUGGAGCCCCGCCCGGCGGCUGCCCGCUGCUGCCCGCUGAGUGUCUGCGUGGCAGGGGCACCGCGGACUGGUUCGGCGUGAGCAAGGACAGCGACAGCACCCAGAAGUGGCAGCGCAAGAGCAUGCGCCACUGCAGCCAGCGCUACGGGCGGCUGAAGCCCCAGGUCAUGCGGGAGCUGGACCUGCCCAGCCAGGACAGCGUGUCGCUGGCCAGCGCCGAGACGCCGCCCCCGCUGUAUGUGGGGCCGUGCCAGCUGGGCAUGCAGAAGGUGCCUCCCCCCCCCCCCCGGGAUGCUGGGCGCAGGCAGGCCCCCUGGCCAGCAGGGCUGGGCCCACAGAGUGCCCGAAACGCCAGCAGAGGGGCCAGCCCUUGGCGGAGUGGCAGCGGGGGCAGGGGCUGCGGCCCAGGCCGCUCGGGGCGGGACGGCACCCUGCGCCGAGUGCCGCGCCGCAGCUUCACGCCGGCCAGCUUCCUGGAGGAGGACACGGCCGACUUCCCGGACGAGCUGGACACCUCCUUCUUCGCCCGGGAAGGAGUCCUCCACGAGGAGCUGUCCACGUACCCCGACGAGGUGUUUGAGUCCCCCUCAGAGGCCGCGCUCAAGGACUGGGAGAAAGCGCGGGAGCAGGCCGACCUCACCGGGGGCGCCCUGGCGCGCAGCGAGCUGGAGCGCAGCCACCUGAUGCUGCCCCUGGAGCGCGGCUGGAGGAAGCAGAAGGACGGCGGCUCGGCCGGGCCACAGCCCAAGGUGCGCCUGCGGCAGGAGGUGGUGAGCGCGGCCGGGCAGCGGCGGGGCCAGCGCAUCGCGAUGCCGGUGCGCAAGUUCUUCGCCCGCGAGAAGCGGCCCUACGGGCUGGGCAUGGUGGGCCGACUGACCAACCGCACCUACCGCAAGCGCAUCGACAGUUAUGUCAAGCGGCAGAUCGAGGACAUGGACGACCACAGGCCCUUCUUCACCUACUGGCUCACCUUCGUGCAUUCGCUCGUCACCAUCCUGGCCGUGUGCAUCUACGGCAUCGCGCCGGUGGGCUUCUCCCAGCACGAGACGGUGGACUCGGUGCUGCGCAACCGCGGGGUCUAUGAGAACGUCAAGUACGUCCAGCAGGAGAACUUCUGGAUCGGGCCCAGCUCGGAGGCCCUCAUUCACCUGGGUGCCAAGUUUUCGCCCUGCAUGCGCCAGGACCCGCAGGUGCACAGCUUCAUCCGCGCCGCGCGCGAGCGGGAGAAGCACUCGGCCUGCUGCGUGCGCAACGACAGGUCCGGCUGCGUGCAGACCUCGGAGGAGGAGUGCUCGUCCACGCUGGCGGUGUGGGUGAGGUGGCCCUUCCACCCCAGUGCCCCGGACCUUGCUGGCCACAAGAGGCAGUUUGGCUCCGUCUGCCACCAGGACCCCAGGGUGUGUGACGAGCCCUCCUCCGAGGACCCCCACGAAUGGCCAGACGACAUCACCAAGUGGCCGAUCUGCACCCAGAGCAGCGCCGGGAAUCGCACCAACCACCCCCACAUGGACUGCGCCAUCACGGGCCGGCCCUGCUGCAUCGGCACCAAGGGCAGGUGUGAGAUCACCUCGCGGGAGUACUGCGACUUCAUGAGGGGCUACUUCCACGAGGAGGCCACGCUCUGCUCGCAGGUGCACUGCAUGGACGACGUGUGCGGGCUGCUGCCCUUCCUCAACCCCGAGGUGCCCGACCAGUUCUACCGCCUGUGGCUGUCCCUCUUCCUGCACGCCGGGAUCCUGCACUGCUUGGUGUCCGUCUGCUUCCAGAUGACCGUCCUGCGGGACCUGGAGAAGCUGGCCGGCUGGCACCGCAUCGCCAUCAUCUACCUGCUGAGCGGCGUCACGGGCAACCUGGCCAGCGCCAUUUUCCUGCCUUACCGGGCGGAGGUGGGCCCCGCGGGCUCGCAGUUCGGCAUCCUGGCCUGCCUCUUCGUGGAGCUCCUGCAGAGCUGGCAGAUCCUGGCCCGGCCCUGGCGGGCCCUCUUCAAGCUGCUGGCCGUGCUGCUCUCGCUCUUCGCCUUCGGGCUGCUGCCCUGGAUCGACAACGUCGCCCACAUCUUCGGCUUCCUCAGCGGCCUGCUGCUGGCCUUCGCCUUCCUGCCCUACGUCAGCUUCGGCAAGUUCGACCUGUACCGCAAGCGCUGCCAGAUCGUCGUCUCCCAGGCGGUCUUCCUGGGCCUCCUGGCCGGCCUGGUGGUCCUCUUCUACGUCUACCCCGUCCGCUGCGAGUGGUGCGAGUUCCUCACCUGCAUCCCCUUCACCGACAAGUUCUGUGAGAAGUACGAGCUGGACGCCCAGCUGCACUGAGCCCUGGGCGCCCCGCCCCGCCCCGCCAGUCCCCGGCCGCUGUCCGGCCGGUGACUGCCGCACGUGGCCAAUAAACAGACUGGGAGCGUUUUAGCUGCCGCACCGC